AUGGAUUCACUCUUGACUCUCGUAUAUCCAUCACCACCGACAUACUUCGAGUUCGACCGUAAUGGUGUCCUCAAUGCGACCCUACUGAAGAACUCACAACCCACAUAUACCAUUCAGACAAAGCAGACGGCAACCGCACGAACAGAGGUUGUGGAUGUUACGACACAAAAAGUCAUCGUGGUCAUUGAAGAAAACGGGAUUUUCCCGGACACGGUGAGAAUAUCUAGCGUGAACGGGGGAAAGGCCAUCAAGAUCAGUAAAUGGAUGAAGGAGGAGCGAUUACUGGAUAAAACACGGGUCAGAGUCAUCGAAACAGCAUACAGACGAUACCUAUGGAAGGUCCACGUCGUCCAUCGCUUGGCGUUGUAUGCAGAGAGUAACCUCGAAACUCCCGUUGCUUAUAUUAAACCCGCAACGAGAACUAGUCCUCUAGUUAUCGUAGUUGAAUCGGAGGCGAUGGGUUUGAUUGACCAAAUAAUUGCGUCGCUCAUUAUCAGAGAAAAAGAACUCCGC